UGCUGUUUUUAUAUCUAUGGCUCCGAAAAAAACAAUGUAUUAAAAGCUUUACGAAUAUGGAUUAAGAGACAAGAAAACUGUGGCAAAAAUGAGACCAAUGUAUGUCAAGUAUUGAGUUAUAUAGAUUUGAUACCUGAAAACAAAGAUGAAAGCGAUUUUUCUGGUAAAUCGUUUGAAAUAUUGGAUGAUGUGAUAAACCGUAUGAACGAUACGAUUAGAUCGGGAGGACUGGAGGGCAAAAUCAUAACAAUUGAGUGCUUAUCAUAUGAUGCGACCAAUGAUUGGAAAAUAGACACAGAAGUGUCCCUUUCGUCUCUUUCUAACAAAAAUGUAUUUAUUGUUAGAGUUUUCUAUGAAAUGGGUUUGCCUUCAAAUGAAGAAAUCGGCAUUGUUGACUUUGCGCCACAAUUGAUAUCGAGGGGGACUUUCUUUAAGAGACCAAAGUAUGAAACCUUUGAUAAAGUGAUUGAGAGAGCCUUUGGUUGGCUUUCAGAAAAUCCGGACAUUAAUUUCCGUAACGCACAGUCCAUUGAUAUCAAAAUGAAAUCUCUAAGUCAACACAAAACACAUCUAAUGGCGUUUACAGAGCACGGGGAUUACAUUAGGAUAUUCCGUGUGACAUAUACUAAGCCUGUAGAGGCAGCCCAGGGAGCCAUCGGACGCACAGUACUGUCUUCACCCAUCUAUUUAUCGACUAAAAUAUUCUUGCCUUACAAGAAAAGUGACACCAUUUCUGACAUUAAACAAAGGCUUUCCGAUUGGGUUAACCAAUAUUUAGCACAAAAUUACGAACAUUUUACUGGUCAGCGAUGGCCGCGGGUGUUGAGCGCCGAAACAGUCGAAGUGUUUGCUAAAGACUUUCGGGACGAUAAUGUGGUUGAGUUAGAAAAGGCUGCCCUCGACGACACAUUUCUGGCCAAUCGUUUCGGUAGUAAAAAUGCUUAUAUGUUCUUCUCUUUGCGUAUAUUUUAUCAGACAUUUGACCGCACAAAGUGUCCAAAGUCUUCGGACAAUAGUAUCGAUACUAUUGACAACAAUAAUGAUCACAACUAA